ACGUUUGCCACUUUAUUCCAUCACGGGGAAACGAUCUGGGCUGUUGUGUUCUUCUUCCUCUGCUUGCCCCCCAGUCAGUCAGUGAAGGUGUGGGUGCGCGAUAGGACAGACGUACAUUUAUCUGUUCUCCAGAGGGGUCCUCACAGAGUGUUUUUUUUAUUUUUCUGUCCGAUUCCUUUAAGCGAUAUUAAAAAUGGAAACUUCAGUGGAAGAACCAAUGCAGAUGAAGGAGCCCAAGAACGCCCGCCGCAUACGAUAUGCCAAGCAGUGUUUCAUUGUGCUGACGGCUGGUCUGGUGAGUAUAUCCUCUGGAAUGAUACAGCUCUGGCCGAACGUACUGGCAUCCCAUCUUGUGGAGAGUAACACGACCAUCUUCGGUAACGAAAUUAGCUUUCUACCAUGGCAGUUAGAUCUUGUAGCGAGCGUGACUCAGAUUGGCAGCCUCGUGGGAUUCCUCACUGCUGGCUAUCUCGUGAGUCGCGUUGGAAGGCGGUGGUCUCUCGUGAUAACUGCUAUCCCCGGAGUGUUCGGCGCUGUGCUCAUCACUCUGGCCGUCAACAAUUACAUGAUAAUUAUUGGAAGGUUUUUGGACGGUAUCACAAAUGGUAUGAUGAACGUGGCGCUUUUCAUCUACGCGGCAGAAAUAUCUGACCCAAAGAUCCGAGGAAGCAUGUGCAUGUUAUCGCACAUUCUCAUGCAGUCUGGCGGACUUAUGGCAAUCGCGCUUGGCGUCAUCAUGUCGUGGUAUUAUGUUGCUCUUAUUUGCGGCUGCAUACUGGUUGUACACUGCCUCUUGGUGCCUACGCUGAAGGAGAGUCCGUCCUUCCUUGCCAUCAAGAACAGGGACGACGAAGCCCUCGAUAUCCUCCGCAAACUCCGAGGCUCCUACGCCGACGUCAAAGAGGAACUGGCCUACCUCCACCAGCAGAAUCAGAACAACAGCAAGCGCAAAGGUUUUGGCGUUCUCCUCAAGAGAGAGCACCUCAAGAAGAUCGCUCUCAUGAGCGGCAUUUUCUUCGUCCACAACUUCUGCGGUACACAGAUCCUCAGGGUUAACGCAACUAGACAACUGCAGACACUGGGUCUGGACCUGGACCAGAAGUUGACAACCAUUUUAGUCAUCGUACUCUUCUUCUUGGGCAACUUCUUCAUGACCAUUGUCCUGGAUAAGCUCGGACGUCGUCGCUGCUUCAUCGCCUCGCUGACCCUUGUGGCUGUCUCUUAUAUCACCUUGGCCUCCUUCAUGAUCUCCACUGGAAAUAACGGCGGAGGCCCUGUACCCGUCGAGACUGCCCUCAACGAAACACUGUCAUCAGGAUUCAACGCGACCUUGACAGAAGGAGUCUCCGAGAGCCCAGCAUCAUCAUCAAUGUCAGUGGGAGAAUGGUUACCACUGCUGUGUCUUAUGGUCGCUGGCUUCGGUCAUGCCAUGGGCAUCGGACCUCUCGUCUGGGUACUGUCACCUGAGAUGUUCCCAACCAACAUAAGAUCACAGGGCACUGGUAUUUGCACAAUGAUUGGCAGCCUGCAGACUUUCGCCGUUCUCCAGCUCUACAGUUUGAUGUCGACGUCCAUGACCCCAGCUGGCCUUUAUUUGUUCUUCGCUGGGGUCUCCAUUUUCGGCAUCAUCUUCAUUUACUUCUUCCUGAAGGAGACCAGCGGCAGCAGAGUCGGAUAAUCGGGGUUUCUCGAACAAAACCCAAACGACUCACUGUCCUCAUUCCAUUGCUUGGUCAUGGGUUAAUUAUUGCCAUAAUUAUUAAAUUAUUCUGAUUAUUUAAUAUCUAGAGUUUGCCAUUUGUUCUUUAUGUACAUUAUUCUAUUUUUUAUUCAAGACUUUUGCCAAACUCGAGUUAUUCAAGUAGUGGAAAUGGCAACAGAUAGAGCUAAUUAAAUCAUCAUCAUAUCCAUAACUUAUACGAAUAUUAUAAGAAUUUCAUACCUUCUCAAUAAAGUGUUUAUGUUUUGAUAA